AUGGAGACAACUAAAUUUCCCAUCCGUUUUUAUGAGAAGAUGGAUAAGUUGAAUCGAGAUUUCCUAUGGGGAGACACUGAGGCUAAGAAGAAUGUUCACUUAGUCAAUUGGGAUACUGUUUGUCAGCCUAAGUCCAUUACAGGCCUUGGUAUUAAGAAAACUUCUGAGAUGAAUCAAGCUAUGUUGGCUAAGCUCAGUUGGAGAUUUAUGCAAAAGGAUGCUGUUUUGUGGGCUAAUAUGUUUCAGGAGAAAUAUUUAAAGGAUAUGGACAUCACUGAUCAUGAUUUUUGUGCUCAUUCUGAUUGCUCUUCAGUUUGGAGAAGUAUUUUUCAUAGUGCUCAUUUAUUUAGGAAAAAUCUGAAGUGGAGAGUGGGGAAUGGUAAAAAGAUUAAUUUCUGGCAUGAUGUGUGGGUUAGUUCUCUAUCUCUUAUUGAUUGUGCUCUUUCUUAUGCUUCUAUUGAUCAUAAUGCUCUGUUUGCUUACAACUCUCUUUUUGAGAUAAAUGACGCUAAAACCCCUUUUUGGAGAUUUGUUUGGAAGAUGAAAGUCAUCUUCACAUUUUUAGAGACUGUUGCAGAUCUAAGGCUAUUUGGAAUGCUCAUUGCCAAACAUUACAUUGGAAAUGUUGAAAUUGGGUCUGACUCUGCCAUUCUUAUCCAACUUAUGCAAAUGGAUAACACUUCUAUGCAUCUUCUUGGGUCCCUGCUUGCUAGUUGUGCUUUUAUGAUUUCUAAACUACAGAGUGUGAAACUCUCUCAUAUUUUUAGAAAAUGUAAUAUAGUUGCUGAUACAUUGGCCAAAAAAAAUAUUUCUCAUGAGUUGGGGCUGAUUGAGUUUGUUGAUCCCCCUGCAUAUCCUGCGCAGGCUUUCUUGGACGAUCUGGCCAGUGUUGCUAGAUGUAGGUGCACAUGA